AUGGAUGAUUAUUGGUAUGAUGUUUAUGAUAUUGAUUCACGUCAAUUACAUUUUUCUUUAUCUCUUCAUAUUUAUGAACUUGAAGAUGAUUUUACUUGGACAUUACUAUUAAAAACAGAUCUCAUUGAUUUUCCAUUUGUAAAUAAAACUACUGAAAUUGCUGAUAUUCAAAUAACAUCAUUAACAACAAAUGAACAUUCAAUAUCAAAUAUUUUACUUAAUGAAUAUAAAUAUUUAUUAGAAUUUCAUAAUGAAUUUAUGGUAAUUAAUAAAUCUGAAUUAAAUCUUGACGAAGAUAAUAUAUGUAAGAAAAUCGUUAAUACAACAGAUAAUCAAAUAUGUUCAAUUGAAUGUUCAAAAAAUCAACCAUUUGAUUUUUGGCUUGUUGAUAAAUCAAAUGAAAUGAAUAAACAACCUUUUCAUUAUGUUUUUCAAUCUCAUCUUGAUUUACCCAUUCAUGAAUAUAAUCAUAAAUUUAAAUUUCUUAUACCAUAUAAACAUCAAUUUCAUCUUAAUAUAACAUUUAAACAAAAUCAAUCAAUUGGAUUUGAAUGUUUAAUUUCAAUUAUUGAAAUAUCAAUUGAAUCAUUUUCUAAAUAUACAUUUCAAAUAGCAUUAAUUAUAAAUAAUACAGGUUUAUCUCAAUGUUCUAUACGUAUAUCUUUUAAACAAAAUCAAUUAAAAAAUUCAUAUUUUAUUAAACAAGAAUAUCCAUAUGAAUAUCAUAUUAGUCCAAUGUAUGAACAAUUAAUAUUUUUUACAAUAUCAAUAAAAAGACGUCAAUGGAAAAGAAUAAUUUUUUCACCUAUGUAUAUACAAGCAAAAGUCAAUGAUUUAUCUACAAAUUCAACAUUAGUAGAACGACAAUUUUUAUUGAAAUAUGGUCAUCAUUGUGUCUGUAUUUCAAUUUGUCGUUGUCAAGUAAUGUCGUUUCUUUAAUAACAUGAAUGUUGUUUUCCAACGUAGGAAGUCGACGCGACAGCAUUCCUUUGAAGAUUGAAUUGACCUUUCCCAGAAUUUUAAAUCGCUCUUCCGAAAGAGAAAAUCUAGAUAAAAUUUUGGCUGGGAUAUUAUUAGAAGUCUCAUUGGGCUGAAUUGAAGAAAGCCGUAAUGAUAAGCGGGACAGAAAGAAAUUUUUGCUUGGAAUUUCGCGAUAGCGAAAAAUAUGAUAUCAUUUUUAGCACUUGCUUGACUCGUAUGACCUCGAAUAUUCUGUCUCUUGGAGAUUCAUUACUUUUUUUUUAAUUCACGAAUAUUUCGUGUAUUCAGUGCGUUUAUGUGUUCUACAACUCUGUUGUUUACGAAAACAGAAGAAUUAAUUUUACUAUCGAAAUUCAAAUUAUUGUUAUUCAAUAAUUUUCGCAUAAAAUUUUAGAACAUGUAUAAGUCGUGAGAAAAUGACACUUUGCACAAGUCUUACAGUACUAUAAGAAAUAUCAUUCUCAAUGAAACAAUGUUGGUUCUGGUCCGAGACCAUCUUAGCCAUAGACUACUCAUCUAAUUGCAAUUUUGAAUACAUAACAAUAUACACCAAUGGUUGUUGUUUCAAAAGAAAUUUCAUCUGUUUCGAUUUAUACUGCUUUGUAUCUGAUGAUGAACCAGAAGAGGAAUACUAUGUUUUUGUGAAACACGAUCUGAAAGGAGUGUUGAAGUGUUUAAGGGUAGAAAUUUGGACCCUCCCCCCCCCUCCCCCCCACAGACCGUGACAGACAGUCACGUGACUCAUCACAGACCGUGACAGACAGGGCUCUGGACCCAUCACAGACCGUGACAGACAGGCCCGGGAUCCAUCACAGACCGUGACAGACAGACUUUGGAACCAUCACAGACCGUGACAGACAGGUUUUGAACCCAUCACAGACCGUGACAGACACGGUUUGGACCCAUCACAGACCGUGGCAGACAGACUUUGGACCCAUCACAGACCGUGACAGACAGGCUUUGAACCCAUCACAGACCGUGACAGACAGGCUUUGAACCCAUCAGAGACCGUG